AAACUAUAAAAUUUAGCCUCCGAAGAUAGGGCUGGGGUGAGCGUAGUUGAGGUUUUGCUUUUGCCACUUCGAAACCAAAUUUUCUUCGUUCGUCCUUCUGUGAUCUCUUCUUCCACCAUGAGCAGGUCAGGGCAACCACCGGAUUUGAAGAAGUACAUGGAUAAGAAGCUUCAGAUCAAGCUGAACGCAAAUCGCAUGGUUGUUGGUACUCUCCGUGGCUUUGACCAGUUUAUGAAUUUAGUUGUUGACAACACUGUGGAAGUGAAUGGCAAUGAGAAAAAUGACAUAGGGAUGGUGGUAAUUAGAGGAAAUAGUGUGGUCACUGUUGAGGCGCUUGAACCCGUGAAUAGGACUUGAUUUCUGUUUGUUGUAAACAUUUAUAUGAGUAUUUCCUGGUUUUAACGGUUGUGUAUUUGAACAAUGUAGCUAUGGAGAGUCACAUGUAAUUGUGGAUCUUAAGAAGAGGGUCAUGUUGGCCACUCAUUUGGGUUCUUCGGGCUAAAUUGUUCGGGAAGGAUACCUAUAGUGUUUUAGUGUGAUGGCUGUGACUAGACUCAAUCGAAAUGUUUACGUAUAUCCCUUUUAGCCGAUUUUUUUCUCUUUUUAUAUUGC